AUUUUGGAUUUGGGAAUUUCUAUAAGAGCGGUGAGCCUCUGACGACGUGGUGUGGGAGCCCCCCCUAUGCAGCCCCAGAGGUCUUUGAAGGACAGCAAUACGAGGGACCCCAGCUGGAUAUCUGGAGCAUGGGGGUAGUUCUUUAUGUUUUGGUGUGUGGAGCAUUACCUUUUGAUGGACCAACACUCCCCAUACUGAGGCAACGAGUUCUUGAAGGAAGGUUCAGGAUCCCCUAUUUUAUGUCAGAAGAGUGUGAACAUCUGAUCAGAAGAAUGUUGGUCUUGGACCCAUCCAAACGGUUAACUAUUGCUCAGAUUAAGGAGCACAAGUGGAUGCUUAUAGAAGUUCCUGCACAGAGACCUAUUCUUUAUCCACCAGGAGAGGAGAAUGAGCCUUCCAUUGGAGAGUAUAAUGAGCAGGUCCUACGACUAAUGCACAGCCUUGGAAUAGACCAACAGAAAACUAUUGAGUCCCUGCAGAACAAGAGUUACAACCACUUUGCUGCUAUCUAUUACUUGCUAGUGGAAAGACUCAAAUCCCAUCGGAGUAGCUUCCCUGUGGAGCAGAGACUUGAUGCUCGGCAGCGUCGGCCAAGCACCAUCGCCGAGCAGACAGUAGCCAAGGCACAAGCUGUAGUACCCUCAGUUAACUUGCAUUCACAAAAUGCAAGGUUGUUGCAGUCUCCAGGGCUUUCCUCAGCUUCAGGAGCAGAAGCUUUUUCCUUCCCUCCAUCCAGCUGCCAGGGAGAGACAGCAUUUAUGGAGGAAGAAAGAAUUGAGACACCAAAGGUCAACGGCUGCCUGCUAGACCCUGUCCCUCCUGUGGUGAUGAGGAAAGGAUGCCAGUCACUACCCACCAGCAUGAUGGAAACUUCUAUUGAUGAAGGAAUAGAGGCAGAGGGGGAGGCAGAGGAUGACCCUGCCCAGGCCUUCGCAGCCCUCCAGGCAGCUCGCUGUGGGAAGCGGCGUCACACUCUGGCAGAAGUCACCAACCAGCUGGUGAUGAUGCCAGGCACAGGGAAAGUCUACUCAUUGGAUGAAAACUCAUCUCUGGGCAGUAUUGAUUCCGAGUACGACAUGGGAUCCGUUCAGAGAGAUAUGAAAUUCCUGGAAGACACCCCUUCCUUGAAAGAAAUGGUGCUGACCAACCAACAGGCACCCAGGAUGACACCCCCCUUCAUAGGUCUGAGACCUGCCAACCCAGCCAUGCAGGCACUCACCUCCCAAAAACGAGAGACCCACAACCGCUCGCCCGUCAGCUUCCGAGAGGGGCGCAGAGCUUCUGACACAUCCCUCACACAAGGAAUUGUAGCAUUCAGACAGCACCUUCAGAACCUGGCACGAACCAAAGGAAUCCUGGAACUGAACAAAGUCCAGUUGCUGUAUGAACAGAUGGGAUCAGAAGAAGAACCUCCUCUGACAUCAACUGCUGCCCAGUUGCAGGACCUCAUUAGUAGUCCUCCACAG